UGACUGGAGCGCAUGCAAGGACAAAAAGUAUAACUUCUUUAGAUUUUGUGAACAACGGCUGAUUAUCAUAAAAGAAUGCAUCAUCUCAGCUUUCCUUAGUAUGUGCUAAUGAAAUCAAAGACAUGAAAGAAGAAUUAAACUUGAGAACAAAGCAGAACUUAUGCCUUCUUUGAUCAUUUGAUCAAUAAUCCUGGAGUGAAAAGCCAAUCAACAAGUCUUUGAACCAUCAGAUCAAUGUAACUUGAGGAACCUAUUUACAUUCAACAAAUCAAGUCAUCAAAACCUAAUCCACUGAAGAAAGACAAUUUAUCACAUUUAUUAGACCCUCAUAAAACAAAUCAACAAUGUCUUCGACAUCACAAAAACACAAGGACUUCGUGGCAGAGCCCAUGGGUGAGAAGACUGUGAUGGCAUUAGCAGGAAUUGGUGAAGUUCUUGGAAAGAGAUUGGAAGAAAAGGGCUUUGACAAGGCGUAUGUUGUUCUAGGACAGUUUCUGGUGCUGAGGAAAGAUGAGGAGUUGUUUCGGGAAUGGUUGAAGGAUACAUGUGGUGCAAAUACCAAACAGCAAGGCGACUGUUAUAGCUGCCUGAGAGAGUGGUGUGACUCUUUCUUGUAGUCAGUUGUUAUUUGUCUUGUAUUUUCAUUUUUUCUUUAUUCCCCUGGUAUGUCGAAUGCCUUUACCUCACUUGACCAGUUUGACUUUUUUGUAUGCACCAAUUUUAACAUUUAGCCCAGAACUGUACGUUAUCACUAGACUUUAUAUAGAUGGGGACAUUUGUAACAUCACUGCUUUCCACACUGGCUAUUUAGUUACCAGGGAUUGGUUUUGUUCUUGAAGCAAGAUUUUAAUUCAAAUAUGCGCAUUGACAAAACAACAUUUAUGUGUCAUAAUGUAUUUCAGUCCAAAGGCUGUGUAUCACCAGUCUGCAUUCUCCAGUCUAAGCACAUUGAUAAACACCUUCAUUGUAACCCUGACACUUCACAGAUACACGUUACACCAGUCUUGUUUGUUAAUGUGUUUAAAGGUUUUAAUUGAAUUUGGCCAAAUUUUGCCACAAUGCUAAUGUGGUUUUAAAGGUUAAUGUCUGCUAGUCACCAUUAUAAUAUGUAUUUUCUUAAGGAAAGCAUGGAUAAUGGUGUUAAAUUCCUAUAUGUUGUAUGAUCUCAAACCCCCAAAUUGUUUUUCGGUAAAUGCCUUAAUAAAACUGUUUUAACUGUGA